GUGGGAGCUAUGGCGCCGAGUAAAGACAAAAAGCCAAAGAAGGCCUGGAGUUUUACCCUGGAUCUCACACAUCCAGUGGAAGAUGGGAUCUUUGAUUCUGUCAACUUUGAACAGUUUCUGAAAGAGAGAAUAAAGGUUAAUGGUAAAACAGGAAACCUCGGAAGCAUUGUUCAUAUUGGACGUUUAAAAAGCAAGAUUACAGUUUCUUCUGAGAAAAAAUUUUCUAAAAGGUACCUAAAAUACCUGACUAAGAAAUAUCUCAAGAAAAACAACUUGCGAGACUGGCUACGGGUAGUUGCAUCUGACAAAGAGACCUAUGAGCUCAGAUACUUCCAGAUAAGCCAGGAUGAUGAAUCAGAAUCUGAAGAAUAAAAUGUUUAAUAAACACCAUCAUUGUUAGUCUGACUGCUGUCUGAUCUUUGUAUGCACCCUAUGCUUCACUUUUUUUUGUUAAAGAAAAUAUCCACCUUUUUUAUAAGUCACCCUUUUUUGUUUUGGUCAUUAAAGCUAUAAGACAGCGAAAAUACAUUUUUGUGCAUAUUAGUUGCCCUGAUGUGGUAAAAAUACUCCUUUUAAAAGCAAAUUUCAUAGCCCCCCCAUACAUGUUUCAAAAAUAUCCUUAUACUCUAUUAUGUGCUAUUUUAUCAGUAAGGUGUGUCGCCAGUUUAAGUUGAACAUGGGUCAGAUUUGAAAUGAACCCUGUUGCCUGUAGAAAAAAUGUUUAAUGUCUCUAACAGAUCAGUGGGCUAGUGUAUUCAGCCAAAUGGGGAUAGGGACUUAUUCUGACUUGUUUAAUUAUAAUUUAUGCAGGCUAUCAAAUUUUUCCUGAGAUUAGCCCUUUUUGUUUCCAAUUUGGUUAUUACUGGUCAUAUGCUAGGGACUUCUUUCAUUCUGCUUUGCAUACCAAUAAGCAAGGUAUCUCCCUAACUUAAAUGCUUCUUAUGUGUGAAAUUGUUGCAUAGGUCCUGACUUGUAUGUUUUACAUUAACAAGGUACAAGAUGGGAUAAUUUAGUAUAAGCUUCCUCUCAUGGAAAUAAUAUCUAUAAAUAUCAAUUAAAAAUAUUGUUACCUUUAUAAAACAUUAAAGUCAGCCACAUCU